AUGGUACUGUUCACUUCCCCAACCUCGGGUGCUUCCAACACCACCGGCGACAUCUCCAAGGAUGUUGCCCUGAACCAGCCUCCGGAAGAUAGCAUCUCGGAUAUCCGAUUCUCCCCCGGUCCGACCGGUGAAUACCUUGCCGUUGCCUCGUGGGACAAGAAGGUGCGCAUCUACGAGAUCAACGAGCAAGGACAGAGUGAGGGCAAAGCUUUCUUUGAGCAUGAGGGCCCGGUAUUGAAUUGCUGUUGGUCACCGGAUGGAACGAAAGUCGUUGGUGCCGGCGCGGACAAGGCGGCCCGCAUGCUGGAUCUGGCUUCAAAUGCGACGACUCAAGUGGCAGCGCACGAUGCACCGAUCCGCAGCUGCCAUAUGAUCCCCAACCCGCAGGGCAACACCCCGUUACUCAUCACAGGCUCGUGGGACAAGACGGUGAAAUACUGGGAUAUCCGGCAGCAGACUCCGAUCGCAACGGUGGAAUGCCAAGAGCGCGUCUACACAAUGGACGUCAAGAACAAGCUGCUGGUGGUGGGCACGGCGGACCGCUACAUCAACAUCAUCAACCUCGACCAGCCGACCAAGUUCUUCAAGACGAUGCAGUCCCCCCUCAAGUGGCAGACGCGGGUAGUCAGCUGCUUCGCCGACUCCACGGGCUUCGCCGUCGGCAGUGUCGAGGGCCGCUGCGCCAUCCAGUACGUCGACGAGAAGGACUCCAGCUCCAACUUCAGCUUCAAGUGCCACCGCGAGCAACCGCCCAACCAGCGCGACGUCAGCAACAUCUACUCGGUCAACGCCAUCUCCUUCCACCCCAUCCACGGCACCUUCAGCACCGCCGGCAGCGACGGCACCUUCCACUUCUGGGACAAGGACGCCAAACACCGCCUCAAGGGCUACCCCUCGGUCGGCGGCACCAUCUCCACCACCGCCUUCAAUCGCACCGGCACUAUCUUCGCCUACGCUGUCAGCUACGACUGGAGCAAGGGCUACUCCGCCAACACCCCCCAACUUGCCAACAAGGUUAUGUUGCACCCCGUCGCCCAGGAGGAAGUCAAGCCCCGACCCGGCACUCGCAAGCGGUAA